AUGCCACCCACUGGGGACCUCCCCGACACGGCCCCGCUGGGCCCUGGAAAGCGGCCGUCAGCCGUCACACAGCAGCAGCGCAGCCGAGUCCAGCGGAGACAGAGCCAGGUGGAGUCAGCGGCCUCCACGCCCUCAGCCUCCACGUCCUCAGACUCCGGAUGCAGCUUGUGUGCCAUGGUUCUGGAGAAGGCGGCGCUCUCUGGCCUGUCCACAUUGUGGGAGCCCUUGCAGGGGACUGUGGGACGUUCCCAGGACCUGGACAAGGUCCCCAAGGAGCCCGGGGACUGCCCACACCGGCAAGGCACACAGCCAGCCCCUCCAGCAGCUCAGGAGAGCGUGGUGGAGUGGCCCGGAGCAUACACCUGCUGGGCACCUCGAGGAGACUCGGAGGCGCACUGUCAGCCAGGGAACGCCGGGCAGCUGGAAGUCACGGUUGCGGGGCCUGAGAGCGGCGGCGGCGGCAGCGGCGGCCGAGGCGGCGUGGACCGAGGGCGCCGGGCAUGGGGCGUCCGGCGGGGCCCGCGGGCCGGCGGCGGUGGCCGGACGGCGGGCGGGCGGCGUGAGUGCGGGGCCGGACGCAGGAUGCGCUCGCGGGGCGCGGCCCCCGGGUGGGCGGCGGGGCCCAGCGGGGCUCUGUGCCUGCUGCUGGGCGCGCUGCUGGGCGCAGUGGCUGAGGCCCUCGCAACGGCUGCCUUCCCACCUUCUCCAUCGCUGCCCGUGAGCUUCCGGGUGCUGGGAGCUGAGAGCGCCUUCUUCCUGCGGGCGAGCAGCCCCGACGCCCCACGCAACGCCAGCCCGCAGGCCCGGGCCCAGGCCUUCUUCCCCCUCCGCGCCCUGCGCCCGCCUGUGCUUCGCGCCAGCUAUGGACCCUUCUCCGCAGAGCAGGAGGUGCCCCCCGAGCUCCUGCCGCCGUCGCCAGGCUGGCGGCUGCGCGCCCACGUCCUGCAGGAGCGGAUCCACCGCGGCCGGCCGCGCGCGCACGUGCUGUUCCACGCGCUGGGCCGGGACUGGGCCGAGCCGGACCCCGGGGCCUCGCGGCUGCCCUGCGUGCGCGUCUUCGCCUUCCGGGAGACGCAGGCGGUGCGUGGCAGCUGCCGGCUCCGGGGCGAGCUGGGGCUCUGCGUGGCGCGGCUGGACCUGCCGGCCGGCUGGUUCAGCCCCCCGACGGCGCCGGCCGGCAGGAAGAAGCCGGCGGCCGAGCCCGCCGAGGGCAGCCCCGUGGAGCUCUACUACAGCCUGCCGGCCGGGGAGCCGCGGGCCGACUGCGAGGCCGGGGACGCCGGCCAGGACAGCGCCAGCCGGACAGGCCAGGGCGGCCGGGAGGAUGCCACCUCCCGCCUGCAGAGACUCGGCACCGUCCACCUCUCCCGGGCCCCAGACAGCACCCGGCUCCGGGAGGUGCGUCUGGACGACAACGUGGUCAUUCAGCUGCCGGCCAGACCUGCCAGGCGGGGGGACGUGGUCACAGCAUCCAUCGCCGUGGCCAGCAAUGCCACCGUGGACCUCUUCAUCCUGAGGGCCAAGGUCAAGAAGGGGGUGGACAUCCUGAGUGCCCAGGCCAGCGAGCCCCGGCAGUGGGGCGUCAGGCAGGAGCCGGGGGAUGGUGCACAGCGGGGUGGCAUCGUGCUGGUGUGCCAGCGCCUGGCGCCUGGCGCCCGAGACCGAAGCAGUGUCCAGCCCAGUGAGGUGGCUCGGGUGAACUUCGAGGUCAGCAGCGGCAUCAGCAGUGCGCCUGGGGGCCAGCCGGUCACCUGGGAGGUGGAGUACCCCCGGGACAGGAUCAUCAGCGUCGCUGUGUCCAACAUCUUCACCAGCCAGCAGGACCUAGUGGCCGUGGUGCCCCUGGCCAUGGACACGGAGCUGCUGAACACGGCCGUGCUCACGGGCAGAACUGUGGCCGUGCCGGUCCGGGCGGUGGCUGUAGAGGAGGACGGGGCUGUGACGGACGUCUCGGGCGCGGUGGAGUGUGUGUCCGCAGAUGAGGACGUGCUCAAAGUGUCAGAGCGCUGUGACCACGUGUUUGUCAGCGGCAAGGAGACCAGGGGCCAGGUGGACGCGGCCGUGAGCUUCUCGCACCAGCACCUGAGUGCCAUCCUGCGUGUCACCGUGUGGGCGCCCCGCCUGCCCCUGCAGAUCACGCUCUCAGACACGGAACUCAGCCAGAUCAAGGGCUGGCGGGUCCCCGUGGGCACCAGCAAGAGGCCCACGCGAGAGAGCGAGGACGAGGAGGAGGAGGAGGAGCGGCGAGGUCGCGGCUGCGCGUUGCAGUUUCAGCGGGCCACCGUGCGGGUGCUUGCACAGUUCGUGGCGGAGGCGGCCGGGCCCUGGGCAUCGCCCCGCCUCCUGCUGGGGCCCGACUGGCAGCUGGACAUCACUCACCUGGUGGCCGACUUCACCAAGCUGGAGGAGCCGCGUGUGGCCACUCUGCAGGACGGCGGGAUCCUGGUGGGCCGGGAGGUCGGCAUGGCCACCAUCCAGGUGCUGUCCCCUCUGUCCGACUCCAUUUUGGCUGAGAAGACGGUGACGGUGCUGGACGACAAGGUGUCGGUGACCGACUUGGCCGUGCAGCUGGUGGCAGGGCUCACUGCCAGCCUGCAGCCCGGAGCAGACAACAGCAGGGCCGUCACGGCCGUGGCCACAGCCCAGGAGCUCCUGCGGACCCCCAAACAGGAGGCUGUGCUCAGCACUUGGCUUCAGUUUAGCGAUGGCUCGGCGGCGCCGCUGGACAUCUACGACCCACAGGACUUCGCACUGACGGCCACCUCCUUGGACGAGGCGGUGGUGUCCGUGGCCACGGCCUACUCCGGGGGGCCGGUGGUGCGGGCCGAAGGGGAGGGCCAGGGCCCGCUGGUCCGCGUGGACAUGAGCAUCGCCGAGGCCUGUCAGAAGUCCAAGCGCAGGAGCGUGCUGGCCGCAGGCAUUGGCUACGUCAGGGUCAAGUUCGGUGGCAACGAGGGGGCCGAGGCACAGCCAGAGGGUCAGACCCAGGCCAGCGGCUGGAGACAGGAGGGCUGGACGGGCAGCAGUGCCCCUGCAGAACUGGGGGAGGACGCCCCGGGCCGGACCCCCACCGCAGCCCCCGUGGAUGCCGGGGCGGCAGAGACCAGCCGGCUGGACGCGGCCCCCGUGGAGGGUGUCCCGCUGGACCUGACCCGCCUCCCGGCCCCAGUGGGGGCGCCCCGGGCGGGAGCGGGGCCGCGGGGCCUGAGCGACCUGGAGGUGGGCAUGUACGCGCUGCUGGGCGUCUUCUGCCUGGCCAUCCUGCUCUUCCUGGCCAACUGCGCUGCCUUCGCGCUCCGGUACCGACGCAAGCAGCUGCCCCUGGAGGGCCAGGCCGCGGGGAGCCACUCCCAUGACUGGGUGUGGCUGGGGGAGGCCGAGCCCCCCCUGCCGCCGCCCUCAGACCAGCACACUACCGUCAUUGACCGGGACCCGGGGAGCCGGCAGGACAGCAGCCGGAUGCUGCCCGAUGGGGUCCCCCGGGAGGGGGGUGCCGGCAAGGAUGGGGGUGGGCAGGAGACUGCACCCGGGGCCCGGGACUCACCCACGUCCAUGCGCAAGAAGGUCAAGGUCUCCGCAGGCCCCCCGGGCGGCCUCCUCCUUCGGGGCCGAGCCGAGGGCCUCACGUGGGGGCGCCCCGACGUGGACGUGGCCCUGGGCGCCCCCCCAGAGCUCAGGUUCUACCUGGAGAAAUUCCAAGAGAAGGCGUAG